UCAGAGCAGAGAACACAGAGCUCAGAGCACAGAGCACUGGCUGAGAAACAGGAAGAGAGGCCAGACUGCAGCGGCACUGAUUCGAGGAUGAGCUGACCGGAGCGGACAUGGACCUCCAGCACCGCACAGCCCUACACAUCUGCACCAGGAACCCCCAAGACGACUACCACAUCCUGCACAGAGUGGGAGGGGGAACCUAUGGAGAUGUCUACAAGGCCCGGAACAAGCAAACUCAAGAUCUCACGGCCCUCAAACGCAUCAAGAUGGAGCCAGAGGACGACUUCUCUGUCAUCCAACAAGAGAUCGUGAUCGUGAAGAGCUGCAAACAUGCUAACAUCGUGGCCUACUACGGCAGCUACAUACAAGACAAUGAGCUGUGGAUCUGUAUGGAGUUCUGUGGAGGAGGUUCACUUCAGGACAUCUACCACGUGACAGGGGCCUUAUCGGAGCCACAGAUCGCCUUCAUCUGCAGAGAGAUGCUCCAGGGCCUGGACUACUUGCACGCUCAGAAGAAGAUGCACAGAGACAUAAAGGGAGCCAACGUCCUGCUCAACGACAUGGGCCAGGUCAAACUAGCUGAUUUUGGGAUUUCGGCGCAGAUCACUGCCACUCUAGCCCGCCGCAUGUCCUUCAUUGGAACUCCAUACUGGAUGGCUCCAGAGGUGGCUGCAGUGGAGAUUAAAGGAGGCUACAAUGAGCUGUGUGACAUCUGGUCUCUAGGGAUCACUGCCAUCGAGCUCGCCGAGCUACAGCCCCCUCUGUUUGACCUGCACCCACUCAGGGUCUUGUUCCUCAUGUCCAAGAGCGGAUACCAGCCUCCAAAACUCAAGGACAAAUCCAAAUGGUCUUCUACAUUCUAUAACUUUGUGAAGGCCAUGUUGGUGAAGAAGCCCAGUAAGAGACCCAGUGCUUCCAAGAUGCUCACAAACCCAUUUGUGAUACAGCGUGGUCUGAACCAAGAACUUACCCUGGAGCUCCUGGAUUGUUAUCGGCAUCCAGAAAAACUGAAAACCUGUGUGGCAACUGAUGAUGAUGAUAUAGAGGUGGUCCCUGGCUCUUUAAGGAGGAUCCAGUCUUUUCACAAACACAGGCUAGCAGAGCGCACCAGCUCAGACACACACAUGGACUGCACCACCCAGAGGCCCAUCAAACGUGGCUCUGACCAUCGUGCCACAGUGCAGCCUUUAGAGCUGAGCCGCUGUAACCAGACUUCUACCAGGACCCAGGAUUCGGACUCAGACGACGAUUAUGAUGAUAUUGACGUGCCAACCUUACAACCCCACAGAUCCCCACACAACAGCCAACUCCCCAUGUCUCCACCUUCAGACAGCAGAUCCCUGAUCUUUGACACAGCAUACACCACUAGACCCCCCACUCCCUCCAGCACUCCAGACCUGCUUCCUUCUCUAGCAGAUCACCCCCUAUCCCCCCCUCGCCACGUCAACCACUCAGGUCUGAGUGCACAGCUCAGCUCUCCGGCAGUCCUUCGGCCUCCUGAACUGCCUCCCAAAGGACGUCGACAUCAGCUCACAGCCAAGGAUGCUGUGGAGUGUGUUAGCCCUGUCAUUAAGAAACGUCCGGUCCACUUUAAGAAGGUCUUCCACGGGUGUCCUCUGAAGAUCCACUGCUCAAGCACAUGGGAACACCCAGCCAACAAAGACCAGCACUUGAUCCUGGGGGCUGAGGAGGGUAUUUACACACUCAACCUGAACAGCGCUGAGGCCACCAUGGAGCUGCUGUAUCCAGGGAAGUGCACCUGGGUCUACCACAUCAACAACGUCCUCAUGUCCGUGUCAGGUAAGUCCUCACAGCUUCACUCACACUCUCUCAAAGAGCUGUACGAGCAGGCACGCCGAGACCAGCGCAUACCCACUCACCGCCUGCUGCCCAGGAAGCUUGCAGUGACCACUAAAAUCCCUGAUACCAAAGGAUGCCGGACAUGCUCUGCUGGGAGCCUGCAGAGCGGCUGUGUGUUCCUGUGCUGCGCUCUCGACACCAGUGUGGUCCUGCUGCAGUGGUACGAGCCCAUGAGCAAGUUCAUGCUCGUCAAGACGUUUGACUUUCCGCUGCCCAGUCCGCUCAGGGUCUUUCAGAUGGUCGUGGUGCCUCAGCAGGAGUACCCUCUGGUGUGCAUCGGGGUGUCCCAGGGGCCCAGCCCUCUUCUGCCAGUCUCUGUUCAAUACAUCAACCUGAACUCCAACACAUCCUGGUUCACCAACACCGGCCUGGAGAAGCCGUCUCCUGAUGUGGUGCAGGUGAAGCAAAUGGACAGCAGCAUGCUGCUCGUGCUCCUCGACAAGUCAGUUUAUAUUGUUGGCCUGGAGGGGGAGUUGAAGAGUCAGAGUGGCCUCUCUACAGAAGUGAAGUCAGUGGUGCAUUUGGGGGAGUCUUUGCUGGCGGUGUGGGACCACGGUUGGCAGAGGAGAGGAUUGGACCCUGGUGAGCUGCUUCAAGAGAUCACAGACUACAAGAAGACCUAUUGCUUACUGCCCUCUGACAGGCUCGUGCUGUUAGAGACUCGGCGAACAGAAGAACACCUGUCCAAUCUCUACCUCCUGGAGGACGCUGAGCGCUUUGUCCUGCUGCCCUGACCAUGAUGGACACCCAUCUCUGCUUGAGUUACGGAAGAUCAGGAGUAUUCUGAGAAGCACAGAAAGAGGAGCUCUGGUGUGAAGGCUGAGCUGUGAAUGUGGCUCCUUUACUGUCCAUCAUUACAGGGCCCUCUAAAGGACUUGAUCUCACUGAAGAACUUGAGUGAGGAGUGCCGGAGGAGCCUUUCAGUAAACUGUAGACACUAGAGGGUGUUGUUGGUGGAAUUUCCAUCAUUAAUGUGAACUGCUUAUUUCACAAUAGGUUGCAAUGUUUUAUAUGAAGGUUGAAAAUAGGCCCAAUAAAACAUAAUAAAACAAGGAAAACGGA